AUGGCGGCGCCAGUCGAUAAUUACCCAAUGGGAGUGCGAUUCCACCCAACCGACGAAGAGUGCUGCCGCUACCUCCUCGGCGCCGUCACCGGAAACCCUAUCGCCGGCGACCGUCUCAUCAUAUCCACCGCCGACCUCUUCGGCGAAAAGGAGCCCUGGGAGUUCUUCUCCCCCGAGGACGAACACCAAGAGCGCUAUUUCUACACGCGCCUCAAAAGGGUCGCCAAAAAUAAUAAUAAUAUUAAUAAUAACAACAAUAAUAAUAAUCAGCGGUUUUCACGCAACAUCGGGAAAGGCACGUGGUCGAACAAGGGCCAGCGCGUGUUCAUCAACGGGGAGAGGGGCGAAUUAUUGGGCUACAAGCGGACUUUCCGUUACGUGGCCAGGAAAGAGUACUGUUCGAGCGCCGAUUAUUUCGGGGAGUGGAUUCUGAAGGAGUAUAUGGUUCCGGAACACAAGUUGGGGCAAGUGAAAGCGGAGUUUAAGGACUAUGUGCUUUGCCUUCUCAGGAGGAAGAAGAAUAAGAGAAAGAGGAAGAGUGGGCCGGGCCGUGGGCUUGGUGAAUCGGAUAGUGGGCCUGGGCCGGAUGAAGAAAAGGGAUUGGCUUACUUGCUCUCGACUUUGGGUGAUCAAAGUAGGCCCCAUGAAAGCCUAACGCCACAAACCGGAUGUGGGAAUAAUAAUGUGGAUGGAGGGUAUUUUGGUCAUAAUGUUGAUGAUGAUGUGGUGGUGGAAGAUGAUAAUUUGGAAGAGCUAAUAAGUUUCGAGAUGGACAACAAGGAUUCGGUUCGGAGUCUUGACGAUUUGUUUGUGGGUUGGGUUCGGUGUGGUGCUAUGGCAGAAGAGUAUAUUACAUACUCAAUUUGGCCUAAAUUCAACUGA